AUGGAAAUAGAACGACAAAGAGGGAAAUAUGUUGCUAAUUGUGGCUUUGUUAACGAGACAGACGUUGAAGAGAUCUUGGCUUUGAUAGGACUGCUUUAUAUGACAGGUUGUAGAAAAGACAAUCAUCUAACUACAGCAGAAAUGUGGUCAAAGCAUGGACCAGAAGUGUAUCGAUGCGUAAUGAGUGAAACAAGAUUUAGAUUUUUGAUAUCUUACCUCAGAUUUGACGACAAAACCAUGAGAGACCGAGAAGAUAAACUUUCUCCAGUACAAUAUCUGGGGCCGCUGACAUGGUACGCGGCAACACCGACUAGAACUGGUAAACACGGAACACUAAAACCUCUGUCAUCGUUGUACCAGGAGAAUCUACAUGCGAUUUUCUCCACCGAAAUGGUAGCCGUUUUUGAUGCUGACAGAAUUUUAUCUAAGCAAUGGCCUAAGAUAACAAUCAGCAUGCCCAUGUCCAAAGGAACUCACAUGAAUGGAGACUCCGUAGGAAAAUAUAAAUCAGAAGAUACAUCUGUAGUAAGAUAGAAAUAAUCCAGUUCAAUAAAUAGAGUAUUGUAAACAAUUUGGGAAAUUAGACCGCUUCGUUUCGCGUGAGAAGCUGCUUUCGAAACGAGCACUGUUCACAGAAAAACGUAGCAAUGUCAUAGAAAUAUAAUCCAGGUAAUCUAGCAGUAGUUGGAUCAAAUUCAGAGGUAAGGACAUUUGAUGCAUCAGAAUGUUUGGCCUUUAUUCUUUAGCAAAAAAAUGAUGUCAGGACUCUGCACUUCACACGCAACGCCGUCAUCAAUGCAUAAAGGACUAUUAUUAUAAAUAGUCAAUUACGAACAUGCAUAACACAAAAAAAAAGCAAUAAGUGGAUCAAGUGAGCCAAACAGGUCCAUAGUCCCACCCAUUCUGGCAACGUC